AUGGCCGACUGCCCGCAUACGAUAGGUGUUGAAUUUGGCACACGCAUUAUCGAAGUGAGCGGGCAAAAAAUCAAACUACAAAUUUGGGAUACUGCUGGCCAGGAAAGAUUUCGAGCAGUAACUCGUUCGUAUUAUCGAGGCGCCGCUGGUGCAUUGAUGGUAUAUGAUAUCACCAGACGGUCAACGUAUAAUCAUUUGAGCAGUUGGCUUACAGAUGCCAGGAAUCUUACUCAUCCAAAUACGGUGAUAUUUUUGAUUGGCAAUAAGAGUGAUCUGGAUGGUCAGCGAGAUGUUACAUAUGAAGAAGCAAAAGCAUUUGCUGACGAAAAUGGCCUGACUUUCCUGGAAUGUUCCGCGAAAACGUAUAUUCAUUCUUUUUUUUUUUUUUGUAUUUGCCAGUCGAGCUUAUAUCGUCUUGCUCUGUGCUUUUAUGUCUUUUCUCUCCAGCCGCUUGAACUAAUUUCAGCGAAUUUGAACGUUUCAUACUGCAGUGCAGACUUAUCUUUAGAAUCUUUCUUAAAUUGUAUACAUCGCCUGGUUUUGCUUCGAAACACUAUGUAUUGGUUUUGUAUUUUAGUUCAGUGCAUGUCGUGUGAGUGCUGUUGGUUUCUUGAAAUAACAGUCCUUUUUCGAGUUAUAAUUUAG